AUUAGAAAAUGUAAAUCUGAUGUAACCAAUCGACAGAUAAUAACAAAAUAUCGUUUAUCGUCAUCGUAAUCGUAACUCUAAUCAACUACCGUAUUAUACAAUACGAUUGUGCGAAUAACCUUUAAUGAGUUUUUCAUUAGCACAAGAUAUUCAAUCAAUAUAAAAUAAACUUAAAUACCUCUUUCUUAUUUCUCGAAACAAUUGCAAGAUAAAUUUCAACAUUUCUCCUUUGCUUUCGCAAACUUUCUAUAGGAUACUUCAUAAUAUCCAUCCUUGAGACAUAAAUAGGUAUCUUUUUUCAACCAGUGUACGACGUAGGAUCCUUCAGGUCCGGUACUUUGGUUCAAGUUGAGAUUUACAAAAAGGACCGCCAUGACGGAAUACAAGCUAGUCGUUGUAGGGGCUGGAGGUGUUGGCAAGUCUGCGCUCACCAUACAACUAAUUCAGAACCACUUUGUAGAUGAAUAUGAUCCAACAAUAGAAGACUCUUACAGAAAACAGGUUGUUAUAGAUGGAGAAACUUGUUUGUUGGAUAUUUUAGAUACCGCUGGUCAAGAAGAGUAUAGUGCAAUGCGGGACCAAUACAUGCGAACUGGUGAAGGAUUUCUGCUAGUCUUUGCUGUCAACUCUGCAAAAAGUUUUGAAGACAUUGGAACAUACAGAGAACAGAUAAAACGUGUCAAAGAUGCUGAAGAGGUGCCAAUGGUGUUAGUUGGGAAUAAAUGUGACCUUCAGUCGUGGGCUGUAAAUAUGACGCAGGCGAGAGAAGUAGCUCGUCAGUAUGGUGUACCAUUCGUUGAAACCUCUGCAAAAACUAGAAUGGGAGUAGACGACGCUUUCUAUACUCUAGUUCGAGAAAUCCGAAGUGAUAAAGAACAGAGGGGCAAAGAGAAACGGAAGCGUAUGAGAGCAAGAAGUUCUGGACGCCGAAGGCAUCGUUGCUGUCUUUUGUAAAUUGGUUAACUAAUUUCUGUUACAUUUAUAUACUAUACAAGCGCGAGUAUAAUGUAAAAAGAAAAAAAAAACUUUGGGCUAAUUAAUUGUGCCGCACAUUAGUGCAGCUCACUUUGAAACGCAAAGUAAAGCUGCCACCACAACAUUUUUUAAAACAAUUAAUGCAUGAUUGUACAAUAUUACACAAUACAUUUUUACUCGUAGUAUCAAAUCUUAUCUUACAAAUAAUGAUAACAUUUUAGUGGAUUAACUAUCUAUAUUUUGAAACUUUAUUUGGGUUUUGACCAUUCUUAAGCUAAGUAUGAAAAAUUACCCCUUAAGAACUUGUUAAAUAAUGUAAUCGUACAAUUUAAAAUUAUAUUCAUACGCAUAAAAUCACACAAUUUUCACAGUAAUAUUUUACGCACUAUAGCAAUGUUGAAAUAAAUUAUUAGUAUAAUUCAUUUAUAUGUACAUGGAGUGCUACUCAUAUAUGGUAGAAUUUUUCAACUAAUUUUUAUGUGAGUGAAUAUUAAAUAGUGAUCUAUACAUUUGAAAAUCGUUGCAACUACCCAUAUUGUUGUGAAUAUUGUCACACUUGUUCUUUCUACUUCGAUUUAUGAUUUCCAAGGCUUCGACCCAUGCAAGUAUUGGGUUUAUCCAAGCAUAGAUUGUGUAAUCAUUUGUUACUUGCGAAAGCUUAAUCAUAAUUGAAAAGAAGAAGAAGAAAAAAUAUCUUUGGUUGAAAAUUAUUUAACAUAAUAAGAUACUGCCAUUUCGGUCAAACGUGUAAGGGUGCUCAAUUUCAAUCGACGAAAGUGAU